GGAGAAUAUAAAACACCUGCGACGUGUCACAGUGAAGACAGCACAUGUUUUGAAAUGGUUUGCUAGACCAACGCAAACGCAUCAUCGCUGCGGCGGCCAGUGAAAAAAAUUCACUUCGAAUAUUGCACUGAAUUUUGUUUUGAGAAGGAAAGUUCUAAAGAAUUAGCCGACGUUGUACUGUAAUCUCGUGGGGAAAGCUGAUUUAACAAACAAAGGCAGAUUCUUAUAUAAAUGUUUAGCGAAAAUAAUGGAUCUGGAAACAAAUCGAAAGCCUCCAGGCGAAAAUUAUCAAGGAAAUUUGUACAAAAGGAUGGACGAGUUUCGUCGCCAAGGAGUGCUUUGCGAUACGAUUCUCGUGGUUGAAGGCGAAGGAUUUCCAGUCCAUAAAAAUAUUCUAGCUGCAAGCAGUGCUUAUUUUCUCAGUUUGUUUACAUCGGACAUGAGGGAAAAACAGCAAAAUGAGGUGAAACUUGAAGGCUUUAAAUCAUUUGUUAUGAACGACUUGCUCAAUUAUAUUUAUACCGGUGAGGUUGAAAUUACCGAGGAAAACGUUAAAGAGCUGGUGUUCGCCGGCGACUACCUGUUAAUCGACAGCCUGAAGGACAAAGGGAGUUUCUUCUUAGAAAAAACACUCAGUCCUUCCAACUGCCUGUCUGUCAGGGCUUUCUCUGAGAAAUUUGACUGCGAAGAUCUUAUGGAUAAGUCUGAAAGGUUUAUUCUCGAUAAUUUUGUGGCUGUUUCAAAGUCUGAGGAAUUUCUUCAUCUCGGUUUUUCCGAGAUAGAGAAACUUAUUUCACUGGAUGACGUCAUCGUGGAGUCCGAAGAACAGGUUUACGAGGCUGUCAUUUCGUGGGUCAAACAUGACGCGGAAAGCAGGAAAGAAGAGUUCGCUGCUUUGCUUUCCAAUGUCCGACUGGGUUGCAUGUCUAAAUAUUACCUCGCAGAAUACGUUGAAACGGAAGAACUGGUAACUGGCAGUCUGGACUGCACGAAGUUGCUUUAUGAAGCCAUGAAGUCAUUUGCCUUAUUUGGAGCACAGAGCAGGUCAGACAGCGACAUUUGUAAAUUGCGUCGCUGCUUGGACUCAAAUGUAGAGGCGAUUAUCACGAUUUGGGGUCCUGGGGACGAGCUUCGUUCCUCCACUCAGUGUUACGUACCGGCUGUCAAUCAAUGGUUCAAUUUGGCGCCAAUGCUGAUUCCUCGCUUCAGUCACGGGGCGGUGUCGUGUGAAGGGUUUAUUUACACCGUGGGUGGAGUAUCUCUGAAUGGUCAUUUGUCAAGUAUGGAGAGAUAUGACUUCAGGUAGAAGAUAUGUCAUUUAACUUGAUGGCCACUUUCAGAUCUCCCAUAAUGCACGUUAUUUGCUCCCCCGCCCCGUCCGCCAAAGUUUUGCAUAAGUAUCGUUUUCAAUUUCUCUUAGGAAAGCUGUAAUACCCAGGAGAAAUGAAAAACAAAGGUUAUGCAAAAUUUGGGGGGGCGGGGGUGCAAAUAACAAUGUGCAUUAUGGGAGAUGUGCAAGUUUCGUUUUUGCGAUUUAUCUUGGCAUUCGGUCAGCAUUCAUAGCGAUCCUACAGCAAGGGCGACGACCAAAUUUUGUGAAAUCUGAUAAUUCCUCUGUUAUAAACUUAAAAUUUAUUUAGAGAAUUAUUGAUCAAAUUUCUUGAUUCUUGUUGGAUAAGGAAGUUUUUUAAAUUUUCAGAAAACAGUGCGGGAAUUUGAAGGUAACGCUUCUAAAAAAUGAAAUGAAAGAAGGAAGUGCUGAAAAGUAAACAAAAUUACAUUUGGAUCUUAUUUCCUUAUAUAUUCCUUUAAUUUACCUUUGUUAUGCACUGUAUUUCCCGAAAACUGCAUUUCUCUUAGAUUGUGAUUACCUACCUCGCAACGGGUUCAGGACUACGUUGUUACAAGUGAUCACCAGCUGUUUUCGCUAAAUUUGGAAGAAAAUAAAGCUGUCGACAAUAAUCAGUUUUUAUCCUUCUGAAUAGUAAUUUAGUGGUAGUAAAUGAAUUAGUAAAGACGAGAACCAGGCUGCUACGUUAGGUCAUUCUUUAAUAAGAGAACAUAAUAAUCAAAUACUCGUUUUUAAUUGUGUUUUUUUUUAAAUCACAGGACUAAUACAUGGGCUGGAGUAGCACCUAUGGCUAAGGAGAUUUCUGCGCUUGGUGUCGCUGAACUCAAUGGCUUUUUAUAUGCAGUGGGUGGUUGGCACAGAGGGAGACCGCUGAAUACCGUACUAAGGUAAGUAGAACUGAUUCGCACUGCACACCUAUUAGGGAACUUAUUAAGCACCAGACGUUCUUGAUUCACGAACGGCAUGGCUGGCAGCGCAGAACUGGAUCGGGGACGCGGUUUACGUGCAAAUGCAAAUUAUUAAGAAAAACAACGUGAAACAAUCACGAACGCCGACAGAAUAAUUCAGUUGAAAAUGCCUUUCAAAGAUUUGCAUCAAGUUUUGUUUCUUUGUUACGAAGAAAACAAGAUUUCAGAUGAAGAAUUUUGUAUGACGAAUACCCUUCGAAGAACCCAGACUUUGCUGUUGGCCAGAACCUCUUUAGAACCUCUAAUUUGAUAGGUUCUUGUUGGCCCGAAGCUCUAUUGUUUCAGAGUUGGGGUUCAUUGUUAGUUUUGUUUGGGUUAGGGAUAUCUAUUGUUUAUUAAACCAUUCCUGUGAGCCGUUCUUAAAGCUUCCGGCCCAUCCAGAAUUUGAACAUCUGGUUUCUACCUCAGAACUCGCGUGACCGCAGAUCAGGAACGUCUUGACAUGCGCAGUGGCUGUCAUGCUGCAAAAAUACUUCCGGUUGGCGACCGUGGUGCUAAGAACGUCUGGUGCUUAAGUUCCCUAUUAUUCCGUCACGUCCGUGAAGUUAUGGAAGGAAACCGCGACUGCCAAGACAAUAGGCAUGCCGAAUAAUGGGGGUAUGCGACGUCAACCGCCACCAGGGGAGGUGGGAGGGGCGAGACUUCUAAGUCAGGUCUACUGAACUCCGUUGACCUGGCAAAGAGGCGGGCAAAAAUUGAGCAAGGGCAGCCGAGCAACGCAUCAUGUCACUAGCGCGCAGUCUCGACACGAAGGAAUUUAAAGAAGUUUCUUUUUUCCCGCGUUACGGGCCAAUUAUGUAUGCAGUGAAAAUAGCGGAAAGAACGAUUUCAAGAUAUUGUUAUCCUCUCCAAAAUAAGAAACUUCAAAUAUAAAUGAAAAAAAAAUUGAAGGAACAAUCGGCCGUGUGAAAAUUGCUUUCACAGCACUUUAAAAACCGAGAUUUUAGAUAAGAGCUCAUUUGGUCCAUUGUUAUUACCUUGUGAGCAGAAUACCUGUAAAGAUAUGUCAUUAAUGAGACGAAAAACAAUCGAGGGAUGUCAAGGUCACCCGAGAGGCUUCUCAGGGUUUUCAAAAUGGCGUCCUGCGAGUUGCCUAUUAGAAAACAAGAAGAUUCUGGGGACGAGGUUGACAUGGAUCAAUGACAAGAAGGAUGGUUAGGAUAAGCAGUUCUUACAUAACCAGAACUUAACUAGAAAUUUCGUCAUCAUAAUGAUUAGAUGUUUGGUUUCUUUAUAGGUACUAUCCUUCCACGAACGUCUGGGAAGCGGUAACUCCCAUGACAACCAACAGAGGAGGGCCAUGUGUUGUGUCCGAUAAAUACCUCUACGCCGUUGGUGGAAAAACAGAAAACGAUAACGCAAACGACCCGUUUAAGUACUUGAGCACGGUGGAAAGAUACGAUCCCAAAACAAACACGUGGCAAGAGACGGCGUCCAUGCAUGUGCGACGCGCAUACGCAUGCGGAGUAGCAGUUGGAGGCAGGCUUUACGUGGUGGGAGGGACACAGGAUGACUUGUAUUCAUCGCAUAGUUCGUGUGAAGCAUUUAACAGCGCAGAUGAAACAUGGGUGUACAUAGCCAGUUUGUGCAUUUCGAGAGCGCUAGCUGGCAUAGCUUACGUAGGAGACAAGAUCUUCGUCCUUGGAGGGAAGAAGAAUUCUCGAGAACGGACAGACAAGGUCGAGUUUUAUGACAAAGAGUUGGACGUGUGGAAGGUUGUGGGAUCAGUGCCUAACUGUAUGGGUGGAAUACAGUGCUGUUCUGUUUCGCUUUCCAAGGAAUUCCUUAAUUCCUUAACAAAAAUAACUUAAUGAAUAACUUGAAAUAGUCACAGAGUAAUUUUGGGGUGAGACAACUAAAUAACUAUCCUUUUCAAUAGUCAGUAUAAAGUUAAUGCAAAGAAAAAAAGAGAACAAAGGACUCCAUAAAGUGCUUUCAUUGAUACUUACAAACCGCAGAUAUUUUAAAUGUUUUUCUGAAAAAAUUGUUAUCAAAUGCAAAUAUUAUUAGAGUUAUUGUUGACUAGUCGCUGAAGAUAACAAAUUAUUAAUGGCAUAGAUCCAGCCGAGCUAAGUAUAUUUUAAACGUGGCACUGACUAGAAAAACUAGCUUAAAAAACCCGAAAAUAUAAAGUGGCUUGAAUAUAUAUAUGACGCAAAUAGAUCAUUAAAUCCCAAGGGAGCAACUCUAAAUUCGUUAAUUAUCAGUGAAAUGUCUCUCAUGAUUCUCUUAUGCAUGCAUGUUCUUUGUCGGCAAGCUCAUUUGGUUAAAAAAAGCACUUUUCUAGGUAUAUUCAUAUUCUUCGCACGUGCUCUAAGUCAUUGAAGAGUGAUGACAGGCUACUAUUUGACAUUGAAAUAUCAGGCAAAAUCCAGAAAUAUUGCCUGAAAAGUGUUUGCAACUUUAAAGUGACUCGAUUCCACCAAGAGAGAAUUCCACUUAAUUUUGCUUUUGGACUUUAGCCACUUAUUAAAUUGAAAUAUAUAGUUGGGUGAAAAAAAAGAGAUGUAUCAAAGAUGCAACAGAAGAAUACAACUACCGGAGGAUAAACGUCCUUGGCGGAUCCAGAAGGAGGAGAGUCUGGAACCCGAAAUCUCCCGCUUUGCCCCCUCUUCAUCAAUCCCGCUGACCAGAAAGCCCGAAGACUCUGGUUACAAGAUUGCCUUCUCAUCCCUCUCAACCAAAUGCACCCAUUUCAUCGGCAAGACGAAGAUAGAUGUUUCCCUAAUAAUUUUUCCCAAGAGAGAGUUCAUUCUCUCUUGUUUGACCCCGUUAUCCAAAAGGUGGAUAAUACUACUCCAGUCGAUAGAUCUUUGUCCAGUUGAUACCGCAAAUUUUAGUUUCCAAAUCAGUGGAUAGCGCUAUCCAACAUUUGAACAUCCGGGCCUUGGUGGCUGGGUGCUUAAAAAUUGAAAUUGCCACUGAAGAAUAGCAAAUGAGGACCUAUCUAGAUAACGUUUACAAAAAAAUGAUAUGUAGUGGCCAAAGUGUGCACACGAUCAGCCCC